GCAGGGAACUGGAGGCCACCGGAGAGGAAAGGUCCGCAUUUCAAGGAAUACUCUCGUUUGGAAAUAAUGCAGGACGAUAACUGGAUUAAACUCUUGCCGAGGAAGAUGAUUUUACCCCCGACCGACCGAGCCAGGCGUGUUUGGAGGGAGGCGGUCCCGGCAUCAGCUGUCUUAUCCCCGGCUGCCCGGCUUGCUUGCUAGCCAGUAGUCCUUCAAAAAAAAAAAAAAAAAAAAAUCUCCUCUCCUCCUCCACCCCCCCCACCCCUCCCCAUAUCCCCUUCAAUGACACCGCGACAGCGAGGUGAUCUUUGACGGCCGGAGCGAGUAUGUGACGCGUGUCCUCUGCCGUGGCUGUGACCGCUGGAAUCCCGAGCAUCCUCUGGAGUCAGAUGGACCUGCGGCUCUCGCAUCCUCAUCCUCGCCGCCUGGACCGCCUUCUCGCCCCAUGCGUCCCCGCGGAGAGCCCGCGAGCCCCCCCGAACCUCCCCGACACCAGUGGCGUCAAUUCAGUGGAAGCUAAGAUCCUGGUCGCCGUGCUGCUGCUGAACGUGUACGCGGGCGUGCAGCACCUGUACCUGUGCGGCGGGGUCCUGCUGGCGGGCUGCUGCGUUGCCAUGGCGAUGCUGAGCGGCCCGCGCCUGCUGGACUGGGCCAGCUCUCCUCCGCACCUGCAGUUUAACAAGUACGUCCUGACCGGGUACCGGCCCGUGGCGUCCGUGCACGACUGCGUCCGCAGCCUGUUCUACCUGCACAACGAGCUGGGGAACAUCUACACGCACGGCAUCCCUUUGCUCUGCUUCCUGGUGCUGCUGCCGCUCAACAUCCCCUGGUCUCAGAUCAGCGUCACCUGGCUGGGCGUGGUUCACUUCCUGGCCUGCCUGUCGCCCCAGCUGGGCUCCGUCCUGUACCACCUCUUCAUGAACCACGAGGGCGGCGAGCCCGUCUACCACACCCUCCUGAAGCUCGACGUGUGCGGCAUCUGCAUGAUCAACACGCUGGGGGCUCUGCCCAUCGUCUACAGCACCUUACUGUGCUACCCGUUCAUCCGCACCGUGGCGCUGCUCGUCUACAUCCUGCUGUCCAGCCACGCCAUCUACUGCGCCGUCACGGCCCGCAGCAGCGUGCGGCGGCUGCGCUCCUUCGCCUGGCAGGCUCUGUUCCGCUUCUCCUUCUUCCUGCUGCGCUGGGCGGGCGUGGGCGGCGGCAGCCCCACCUCGCUCCGCCACUUCCUCAUGAUGGAUGCGUUGGCCGUGCUGGGCGGGGUCAUCAACAUCAGCCGCAUCCCGGAGCGCUUUCGGCCGGGCCUCUUUGACUACUGGUGCAACAGCCACCAGAUCAUGCACGUACUGGUGGUGGGCUCCAUCCUGUAUCUGCACUGGGGCGUCCUGGACGACCUGCUGUGGAUCAACAGCUACAACUGUCCCUCCGACUGACCCCCGCCUCGUCCUCCGCCCGCUGAGUUUGAUGGACCUCUGGGGGGGAAGGC